AGUAGUGAAAAUUUCGUUAAGCACAUCGUUAAAAAUAAUGAAAAAAAAAAAAAAAACUUACCAAAUAAUAAUAAUAAUAAAAGGUGAAUUCAAAUGUCUCUAUCGGCUUAAAAGUUGUAAGUUCGAAGAAAGGAGGACCAUCAAAUCCGUGUUGCGUUUUCUAUAAACGUAAGCCCGCAAAUGUAUCUUUUCCAGCGCGCCUCAUCUCAUCUGUCUUUCUCGACGCAUACGCUUACUCAAUCUUUUGUCCAUUUCUCUCCGAUCGGAUACCGCAACGACAGAUUUUCCCGUUUCCUUAAAAUCUGUGCUCCUCUUUUCCCGUCUAUGGUGUUUUCCCUGAUCAUCAAACCUUCCCUUUCUCUUAUCUUCUUCUUCACUCAUGACCCCUAAACACACCGCAACCCACAAUGGUAACCGCUUCCCACAAAACCCACCAGCCUCCCACUCCCCGUGUUUUAAUUGUCGGCAACUACUGUCACGAUGUUUUAAUCCAAAAUCACAACGUCGUUGGCGAAUCUCUCGGGGGCGCCUCCUCCUUCAUAGCCAGCGUCCUUAAUGGGAUGUCAAUUCCUUGUAGUUUAGUUGCCAAAGUUGGCCACGAUUUUAGAUACCAAGUUCAUCAUAGCCCAAUUUUAGUGCCCGCGUCCAAGACGACCGUGUUUCACGCCUUUUUUGAUUCGGGUGUACACGACAAUGGAAACCAUGAUCGAGUCUUAAAACGGGUAUGCGCAUGUGAUGCAAUUAGACCGACUGAUCUUCCUGACGCGAGGUUCGAUUUUGGAUUGGCGGUUGGGGUUGGCGGGGAGAUAUUGCGCCAGACACUUGAGAGAAUGAUUGAGAUCUGUGAUGUGGUUCUCGUGGAUAUUCAAGCUUUAAUAAGAGAGUUUGAUGCUGUUGAUGGGACAGUUAAGCUUGUUGAGUUACGCGAAACAGAGUUUUGUUCCCUAUUGCCUCGAAUUGGGGUUUUAAAGGUCUCAUCUGAGGAGGCUGUUUUUAUGGAUGUGGAAGAGGUGAAGAAGUGGUGUUGUGUGGUGGUGACGAAUGGGGAAGAUGGAUGCAAGGUGUGUUGGAAAGAUGGGGAGAUGAGCAUUUCGCCCUUUUUGGCUAAUCAAGAGGAUCCCACGGGUGCAGGGGAUAGCUUCUUAGGUGGGUUUGUGACGGGAUUGGUUCAGGGAUUGACUGUACCUGAUGCCGCUUUGCUGGGUAAUUUCUUUGGUUCGCUUACUGUUGAGCAAAUUGGAUUGCCAAAAUUUGAUUCGAGGCUGCUGCAGAUUGUUGGCUGGAAAAAUAUAUUUCUAUACUCUGUAUGGUGAAGAUGGAUGUGGAUGCACAGUUUUGAAAACGUUAUUGUGUUGGAGUCAUAAUUCCAAUUAGAGUUUGGAAGAAAGGUGAGGGAAGUUAACCCUUCCCACACAUGGCAGAGAUAGGAGCCUCAUGCACCAGGCUGCCAUUUUUGGUUUUUGUGUUGAAGUUCUAAUUCCAUCAAUCUCAUCUAUUAAGUCUUGAUUGUUUAUGAGGGUUAGGAUCCAAUCCAACAUGCAAACAAAGAUUAUCAAUGUUCUAUUAUUCAGGGUACUUGCAUAUGGGGUGGUUGAACAAUAUAUGAAUAUGACAAAUAUAGGAGUGCUGGUAAAAUUAGAUGCUUAGGUUUUGGACUUUCUUGUUUAACAUAAAAGUGAUGAUUUGGCUCCUAUUGUAGACUAGUGUAUAAUUGGAAUCUAAAUUGGUACCAAAAACUUAGUAUGAGGUUGUGAACUGCAGAAUGAGCAAGAUACAUGAACCAAUUAAAGGGACUUCCGUAGAAGUUCAUGAUUGUAAUAUUUUGCCUUGAAUGAUUCAGUAAGAAAUUAUUGCUCCUAUGAGGCAAAUUUGCAAUGUAGUCUUUAUUUCUGGCUGUGAUAGAAGAGCCUCAUUGUGAAGCAUAUCCUCCACUCUAUAUGGUUAUCAAUUAUAGAAGUUACUUAUUUGACAAAAAAAAAUUUAUAGAAGUAACUUGUGUGUGUAUUUGUGUGUGUGUGUGUGUUUUGGUCUACAUCAUGAAUUUACUUUAUUUAUUGCUUUUUAAUGUUUGACAAUGAUGUUUGAAUUUCACCAAUUACAAUCCUCUCCCCAAUACGCAAAAAAGAUUGACCAUGAUGUUCUGUACAGUGAGAAUUAACUAGUUCCUUAGGUGGUUGGCUUCUAAGAAUCUGCUCCUCUGAAAUUUGUGUUGCUUUGCGAUUAAGCUAUUGAACUGCCAACUAUCAUGGGCUCUCUGGAAAUGAUUUCAUGGUUGUUUCUAAAUUCUGGAAGACGAAUGUGUAUUGGGGAUUUUAGGAAUUGUUUGAAUGCCUUACUGAAAUGUUAUAAUGGAUAGAUACCCACUUUCCCCAUUUCUUC